AUGGAUCUUCAAACACUCGAAAAUGUUGAGUACCUUGAUCUUUCCAACACUAAUCUAUCAGUGGUCGCUAGAAGCAAUGUCAACAAUACUCUUCCCAACCUAAGGAAUAUCUAUCUCUUAUCUUGCAACAUCAAGGUGUUUCCCAAUUUCUUAAGAGCCUUAGAGAAUCUUGAAAAGCUAGAUCUUUUUGACAGCAGAAUUCAAUUCGUGGACAGAUUCCAAAGUGGGUUGGGUUCAUCAGGAAGGGUUCUUGUCAUGCGAUCCAACCGAUUUCAUGGUCCCAUAAACACUAUGAUGAGUGAAUUUUCUUUUCCUAGGGUUCUAAUUCUUGACCUUUCUGGCAAUGGGUUCAUAGGCCAUUUGCCAGGGAGUGACAACAAAGGGGAGAGAGAUUGUAUUCUCGAGAAUUUUGACUAUCUUAAAAACAAUCGACCUUUCGUCCAACAAUUUUUGUUGACAGAUUCAAAUGCACAAAUUCCGAAUGCCGUUGAGAAGCUCGAUCCCCUUGUGGGUUUGCAAUUUGAUACAUUUGACAAUAGUUCAUAUACUGGGAACGUAGGAUUAUGUGGGUUGCCAUUGUCGAAGAAAUGUGAAGAUAAUCGAACGAAAGUACAGCCACCAGUGUUACAAGGGGAAGAUGAUUCAGAUUUUGAUGGAUUUACUUGGAAAAUUGUGGUGAUAGGCAUAACUCCAUGGGCAAUCAUAGAGAGCCACUUGUGUACGGUUUCCAUGACACAGAUGCUUGAGAUAUAUAUGCAUGAUUCAAAAACUGAAAUUUCACUCGUCGUCUCUUUGGCUACUCUUUGGCUGCAGGGUCGAGUGACUUAA